AUGAAGGUGGUGGUAGAGAAUUUGACAGGAAGUCUCUUUUAUGUUCAAGUGGGCAACAAUGCCACGGUUGCUGAUCUAAAGCGAGAGAUUGAAACCCAACAGAAACUCCCUUACGACCGUAUGAUCUUGAUUCUCGGCGCUGAUGAUCAUAGACUUAUGACGAAGGACGAUGGCGAUGAUGGGGUUUCGCUCGUUGAUUAUGGAGUUGAAGAUGAGUCCCACAUCUAUAUCUUCUUUGAUCCCCUUGAUGAUGGCUCCACUCACCGUUUUCUACUUACCUGGCCUGAUUCUCUCUUGGGGUGGGCAUAG